CGCGCACGCAUCGUUGGUCCAGCUCCCCUCCCCUCCCCUCCCCUCCCGCAGCUCCGCCCCCGCCUCCGAGUCCGGCGACCGCGAGCAACCCACCCGGAGACAGCUGCGGGCGAGCGAACCGCGAUGGGGCUGUGCUCGUGCUGCUGCCGGUGCCUGGAGAUCAUGUGCGCCAUCCUCCUCCCGCCCCUCGGCGUCUGCCUCCGCCACGGCUGCUGCUCCAUGGAGUUCUGGAUCAGCGUGCUGCUCACCAUCCUCGGCUACCUGCCGGGCGUCCUCUACGCCGCCUACGUCAUCUGCUCCGUCGACCCCGACCGCGUCCGCCGCCGCGGCGACAGCGACGACGACUACAUCUACGUCGCCUGAGCAGCAACCAGCCGCCGCUCCUCCCAUCCUGUGGGAUUAGGUUAGUGGAAUGAACCAGUCCUGUUCCUGCCCCCUGUAUAUGUACACUUCGGGUGACAGGUUAUAUACCUGAAAUUGGAUCCAGAUUUGCUGGUACCGUUUAAUGCAGUUACUGCUUACUUGCCUGGUUCAGUUGUGGUUGCUGGUUUAUGAGUAUUUCAUCUGGGUUCA